UCUCCGAUUCAUCAGAAAGAAACCCACAGAAUCCGAAGCAGAAAAAUCUCUUCCAAAAAAUUGCGAGGAGAUGGAGAACGACGUCGUACCUCCGGCCGCCGAUUUCAAGCUCUGCGGUUACUUCCGUGCGGUGCUCGCAGUUCCCGGCGAUGCCUCAAUUCCCCUAAAUUCGAUUUGCCGCAUCGCCGGUGAGUCGCCGAACGUUUACUUCGUCGCCGAUAAUGAAAUCCGCUUAUCCCCAAUUUGUGGAGCGCAGGCUCCAGAUUCCAAAGCGACGCCUUCUGUGAAGAAGCGGUGGAGUAAACUUGGAAUGGUCCACGGAUCGAUUAGCGUUGUGCACCAAUUGCACGCCCUCGUAUCCCACAAAUGCAUGCGGAUUGCGGCGCGUGUUGUUAGUUUCUCUCCACGCGAGGGUGAAUCAGAGGGUGGAAGUAGGGAAAUUAGAGCUGUGGUUUUAGUGGAUGUUUACUUGCCGGUUGAUUUGUGGUCUGGAUGGCAGUUCCCGCGGUCGAGCGCCAUUGCUGCCUCGCUUAUGAAACACUUGAGCUGUGAUUGGGAAUCUAGAAGCUUGAUGCUCAAGUCCGUCAAAUUGGAUCCUGAUGAUUGUUGGAAUGUAACAGACUGUCAUGUCCUUGGCUGUAAGCGACAUUGUGGUGCAUCUGACAAUCCUAAGAAAAAAAAGCUCUUUGAACUCCAGGAAAUUUUUCAGAGUUUACCCUCUGUGACAAUGAAGGUUGACUUUGAUGGUACAAUAAUACAACCAGCUGACACAUCCUGUGAUACCGGCAUCUGGGUGCUGUCAGAUGAUAUUUUGAUUAAUAUUUUAACUACACUUAGCCCAAUAGACCUUGUUAAGGUUUCUUUGACCUGCCAUCAUUUAAGGAACUUGGCAGCAUCCAUCAUGCCAUGUAUGAAACUUAAAUUGUAUCCUCAUCAGAAGGCUGCAGUUGAGUGGAUGUUACAGCGUGAGAGUGAUUCUAAAGUAUUACAACAUCCUCUCUAUAUGGAUUUCAGGACCCAAGAUGGGUUUGAUUUUAAUAUCAAUGUGGUUUCUGGUGAAAUUGUAGCCGGUGUAGUGCCGACGGUUAGGGAUUUUCGCGGGGGAAUGUUCUGCGAUGAACCUGGGUUAGGUAAGACUAUUACUACCCUUUCACUUAUUCUGAAGAGACAAAGAACCUUGGCAGAAACCCCAGAUGCAGUACAAGUGAUCUGGUGUACGCAUGAUGGAAACCAGAGGGGUGGCUAUUAUGAAGUCAGUGCUGACACUAUAACUAGAGGUAAUAUGUCAACUAUCAACAAUAUUAUGGGUCAGAAAACUCGGAGGGGACAGUUAUCUCUAGAUGAACUCACCCCAAAGAAGUACUGUAGCGGCAAAGCAACAAAUUCUCCCAGAUCUCUUGGUCCGACUGCGCAAAUGCAGGAAUCCAGUGAUUCAUGUUCGAAUAAACGAAUUAAAUUGGGUACACGCUCAACACCCGCAGCCAUCACCUUGCAGUGCAGCAGGAGCUCAAGCAGUGCACAGAGAAAUCUUCUGGAUGCAUAUUCGGGCAAAAAAGGUGGUCCCCGCCGUGGGAGACCUGUCACUAGGAAGAGGGAUAAGGAGACAGCCGCAGAUGAAAUUGAAUAUAACGAAACUUGGGUCCAGUGUGAGGCUUGUAGCAAGUGGCGGAAGGUUGCAGAUGGAUAUGCAGCAAAUACUUCCAUGGCAUGGUUUUGCAGUAUGAACAGCGACUCUUCAUACCAGAGUUGUAAUGUUCCUGAAGAAUCCUGGGAUAUUAAGGAGCCUAUCACAUACCUACCAGGAUUUCAUACCAAGGGAUUCUCCGGGGGGCAGGAGGAAAAUAUAUCAUUUUUCAUUAGUGUUCUAAAGGAACACUAUACAUUGAUAAAUUCUGAGACAAAGAAAGCUUUGACUUGGCUGGCUAAACUUUCACCUGAUAAGCUUGCAGAAAUGGAAACUACUGGUUUGGUGAGCCCUGUUGUAGGAACCUCACUAUUUGAUACUAGAGUUGCUCGUGAUUAUCACAAAAUAUUUGAAGCAUUUGGCCUUGUAAAAAGAGUAGAAAAAGGUCCCAUGAAGUGGUAUUAUCCCAGAAGUCUUGUGAACCUGGCGUUUGAUUUGGAUUCCCUAAGGAUUGCUCUCUGCGAGCCAUUAGACUCACUCAGGUUCUAUCUGUCAAGUGCAACUUUGAUUGUUGUCCCCUCAAAUCUUGUCGAUCACUGGAAAACUCAGAUUGAAAGGCAUGUUAGUCCAGGCCAGUUGAGAGUCUAUGUAUGGGGUGAUCAAAAGAAAAAACCUUCUGCUCACAAUUUGGCCUGGGAUUAUGAUGUUGUGAUAACCACCUUCAAUCGCCUGAGUGCUGAGUGGGGUCCCCGUAAAAGAAGUGUACUAAUGCAAGUUCACUGGCUUAGACUCGUGUUGGACGAGGGGCAUACUCUUGGCUCAAGUCUCAGUUUGACAAACAAACUGCAAAUGGCGGUGUCGCUGACUGCCACUAACCGCUGGUUGUUGACAGGUACUCCAACUCCCAACACUCCUAACAGUCAGCUAUCUUAUCUCCAACCAAUGCUGAAGUUCCUCAAAGAGGAGACUUAUGGACAGCAUCAGAAGUCAUGGGAAACAGGUAUCCUAAGGCCAUUUGAGUCAGAGAUGGAAGAGGGAAGGUCACGUUUGCUGCAGUUACUUAACAGAUGCAUGAUUAGUGCAAGGAAAACAGAUCUGAAAGCGAUCCCACCUUGCAUAAAAAGAGUAACAUUUGUGGAUUUCUCUGAAGAACAUGCAAAAAGUUAUAACGAGUUGGUAGAAACAGUUCGGCGUAAUAUAUUAAUGGCUGACUGGAAUGAUUCGUCUCAUGUUGAAAGUUUAUUGAACCCAAAACAGUGGAAAUUUCGGGCUAACACAAUAAAAAAUGUUAGGUUAUCCUGCUGUGUGGCUGGACAUGUUAGAGUAACGGAUGCCGGCCAAGAUAUUCAAGAAACUAUGGAUAUCUUAGUAGAGAAUGGUCUGGAUCCUAUGUCUCAGGAGUAUGGCUGGAUAAAGUAUAGUAUUUCGUAUGGUGGCGAUUGCAUGAGGUGCAAAGAAUGGUGUCGGUUACCUGUCAUUACACCUUGUAAGCACCUUAUGUGCCUUGAUUGUGUUGCUCUAGACAGUGAAAGGUGCACAUUCCCUGGCUGCGGUAACUCGUAUGAAAUGCAGAGUCCGGAAGAAUUAGCUCGUCCAGAGAAUCCCAAUCCUAAGUGGCCUGUUCCAAAGGAUCUUAUUGAGUUACAGCCUUCAUAUAAGCAGGAUGACUGGAAUCCUGAUUGGCAGUCAACAUCUAGCAGCAAAGUUACAUAUUUAGUUCGCCGGUUAAAGGAAUUGCAAGAAACUAAUAGGAUGACUGGAUACGCUGAUGUGUCUAGUGAACUUAAUUUCUCUUCUAACAGGAGCUAUUUCGAUAUAUCACUAGAUCAAGAUGCUUGCCAUAAGUUAAAAAACGGGUGGAGCCAGAUUCCCUUGGAGAAAGUCAUUGUUUUCUCACAGUUUCUUGAACACAUCCAUAUCAUUGAACAACAGUUAAGUAUUGCAGGCAUCCAGUUUGCUGGAAUGUAUAGUCCAAUGCACUCCAGCAAUAAGAUGAAAUCACUGGCAACUUUCCAGCAUGAUGCAAAUUGUAUGGUUCUCUUGAUGGACGGAAGUGCAGCUUUAGGUCUCGAUUUAAGCUUUGUGAAUCAUGUCUAUCUGAUGGAACCUAUAUGGGAUAGAAGUAUGGAGGAGCAGGUUAUCAGUCGGGCUCAUCGAAUGGGUGCUACACGUCCAAUUCAUGUAGAAACGUUAGCCAUGAAUGGCACAAUUGAAGAGCAAAUGCUGAAAUUUUUACAGGACGGCAAUGAAUGCAGAAGGCUGUUGAAGGAAGAGUUCGCUACAAAUACUCCUGACGGGACACAACGGUCAUUUCACACAUUACAUGAUUUUGCAGAGAGCAAUUACUUGGCUCACCUUAGCUUCGUACGAACUAGUUCCAGGACAGAAAAGGUCGCCAAAUAGAUAUUCUUGAAGGGCUAGAAUCGAACACCUUGUUCGGAAGUUAUGACUCGCUCUCGACUUUUUUUGGCGUAUUUAUUUAUACUGUGGCGAUCAAGGAUGUCAAACAACAGGUUUAUUUAGUGUUUGCUGCAUUCAGAAUUUCUUCUGAUUUUUCAUUUCAUAGAUAGCAGCUACACGAAAAUGCUUUUGUAGAAGGGAGGAGUCCGUUUUGUGCUUCUCGUGUAUUAUAUCGAUUUUUUGCUGUUCUGACUUCUGAGUUCUAACACUUUGAUCCCACGUUUUUUUGUCAUGCUACACCAAUUGAAAAA